CCCUGCCUCUGCUCCUCACCAGCCACCACCUCCACUUGAGGCCCCAGCUGCAGGGUCCACAUUCCUGUGGCAAUGAUGCUUCCCAGCCUUCCCUUUCUACCCCAACGGCUGUGGGAAGCAGGAGGCUGGAGUUGGUUUCCUCCUCCACUGCAUCCAAUGACUGUGCCCAUGUCACCCGCAGGAGCAGACCCGGAGGAGACGAUCCUGAAUGCAUUCAAGGUGUUCGAUCCAGAGGGAAAAGGGCUGAAAUCUGCCUACAUCAAAGAAACGCUGAUGACACAGGGCGAGAGGUUUUCCCAGGAAGAGGUCGAGCAGAUGUUCGCAGCCUUCCCUCCGGACACGUCUGGCAACCUGGAUUACAAAAACCUCGUCCAUGUCAUUCCACACGGCGAAGAGAAGGACUAACUGGGCACUGCGAGAUCGCCUCUCUGGCUCCCACAUGUUCCAUGGGGAGCGUGUGAAUGGCAUCCACAUUAAAGUGCCUUUUGGCAAGAAGAAAUUCA